AUGCGCCUCAACAUCGCCAACAACGAGCCGUACCACCUGCCCACGGAGGAGGAGCUGGCCGAGGAGGGCGAGGGCGACGACGACAUGACGGACCCCGCCGAGGUCUACCAGCGCAUCAAGGACGUGGUGGAGGUGCUGUCGCACUUCAGCGCGCGCCGCGAGCCUGGCCGCUCCCGCGUGGACUACGUGGAGUCGCUGGCCAAGGAUCUGGCCGGAUACUUCGGCUACAACCGCGAGCUCAUCGACAUGUUCCUAAAGAUGUUCUCGCCCGCCGAGUGCGUGGAGUUCGUGGAGGCUAACGAACAGCCUCGUCCGCUGGUCAUCCGUACCAACACGCUGAAGGCGCGUCGUCGUGAUCUGGCGCAGGCUCUGAUCCAGCGCGGUGUGAACCUCGACCCUCUGGCCAAGUGGUCCAAGGUGGGUCUUAAGAUUUACGACUCGCCCGUGCCCAUUGGUGCCACGCCCGAGUACCUGGCCGGCCACUACAUGCUGCAAUCGGCUUCGUCGAUCUGUGCCGUUAUGGCGCUCGCCCCGCAGAUGAACGAGCGCGUGCUGGACAUGGCUUGCGCUCCUGGUGGCAAGACGACGUACAUUGCCCAGCUCAUGAAGAACACGGGCACGAUUAUUGCGAACGACCUGAAGAAGCAGCGCCUGAAGGCUACGGUUGCCAACCUUCACCGUCUCGGCGUGAAGAACACGUCUGUGUCGUGCUACGAUGGCCGUAAGGUGCCGUCGCUUUUCAAGGGUUUCGACCGUGUGCUGCUGGAUGCCCCGUGUACUGGUAUGGGUGUGAUUGCCCGUGACCCGUCCAUUAAGACGCAGAAGGGCGAGAAGGACGUGCAGCGUCUGGCUCACCUGCAGAAGGAGCUGCUGCUGGCCGCUAUCGACGCUGUGGACGCCAAGUCCAAGACUGGCGGAUACAUUCUUUACUCGACGUGUUCCGUCAUGGUGGACGAGAACGAGUCGGUCGUUGACUACGCUCUGCGCAAGCGCUGCGUGAAGCUUGUUGACACUGGCCUCGACCACGGCAAGCCGGGCUUCACUCGUUACCAGCAGCAGCGCUUCCACCCGUCGGUGCAGCUCACCCGCCGAUUCUACCCUCACGUGCACAACAUGGACGGCUUCUACGUGGCCAAGUUCAAGAAGUACGCGAACACGAUGCCUUCGGAGGAGAAGGAUGCGAAGAAGACUGUUGACGAGCUCGAGGAGGAGGCCGAGGAGGCCAACAUGACCAAGAAGCAGCGCGUGAAGGCCAAGAAGGAGCGUAAGCAGGCGGCCGAAGACGUUGAGGCUGAGGUCGUCCAGGAGGACCAGAGCGAUGCCGAGGAGGAUGACGAGGAGGCCAAGCGGCCGGCGAAGAAGCAGAAGCAGGAGCCCAAGUCCAAGAAGGGGGGCAAGAAGCACGGCGGCAAGGGCAAGAAGCCCAGCCGCCCUCGCAAAAAUUAG